AUGGGCAAUGUUUCUGCUUCGGUUGGUAAGACUCAUGGAGGUGGCGAGUUCUUCUCAUCACCAACUGUGCAAAAAUUGAAGUUGCUUGACAUCGACCCGCGAUCACCCACAGAUGGUAUUGUUCGUACACCGAUAAUACUCGACAAAGCUUCGAACAAUGAAGGGUUUCAGCCUUUCGUGGAUCGGCUGCCUUUCGAUACAUCGGAUUUUGAAUCUAUUGAUGGCUGUAUGACUGAAGAUGACUCUGUACAUAAUGUUCGGAAUACUUCUGCUCUAUCGGAUAAUGCCAUACCUACCAACGGCAGAGCUCACAAGAAAGGUGCUCUUCUUGAUCGUGUUCGGCAUUCUUUAAUGUCACGUCAGGCCCGUGAUUCCCCGAGUCUUAUGGUCAAAAUGCGACAGAAAGAACUGAUCAAGCAUAGUAAGCAACAGCGAGAGCAGGAGCGAGGACGUCAGACUCGACAAAAGGGCAAAGAAGUGUCGUCGUUGAUGGAAACUGGGGCUGUUGACUCUAGUGGUUCAAGUACCGUGGGAAGUUAG